AUGUGGGAAUCGGCCAUAAGGGCAAGAGAUGUCCUGCUUCAAGGACAGGGGCCCACGGGAGCGCCCCCAGUGGUUUGUGGAACGGCGAGGCCCUCCCGCUGCUUGGGUGUUGACCAAGCCGCUGGGGAUGCUCUAGGAAUUCACCAACUGCUUCAUGGAAGCGCUGCUCCCCACAUAGCCUCUCAGGGCUGCGGUCCCCUGAAAGAAGAGAGUGGAACUGCAGUAUGGAUAAGUCCCAUGCCCCGAUAUGUAAUUAAGACUCGACUCCAAAAGGGCCAAAAGCUGUUCCUUAACAUUUGCAGUCAUCCACAGAUAGAACCCUGGCACUACAAAGAAGUUUUGUCUGAGGAGGGACAGGGGACUCGGGAGGGGGUUCGGAUCCCCAUGAAUUCACUGGAGCGCUGCUGGGGCGAACUCCAGAGCCGCGACGUCCUCCGGCAGUUUGCUUGUGCUGCAGUAGCUCGCAAGCAUCGGCUUGAUCUGCAAGAGACUGUUUCCUUUCCCAAAACAACUUACAAGGGGACACUCCCUCCCCCAAGGCAGCGCAUUAGGGUUACACACGAAGCUCGUAUUGAGCUAGUUGGGGCGGCGGCUGGAACAGAAGCUCGAACACCAGCAGCUACGGGGAAGGGGCCAAACACAGCAGCAGUGCAUCCCACAAAGGCCAGCAGCAGCCUUGCCGAAUACCUGGUUUGGGAUGGAGUCUUCGCUACUCCUGCAGAUGCAGGAGCCUAUUGCCUCUCUAUUGCACAGGGCCAGGAACCCCAAGGAAGCCUGGCUACCCAGGCCAUUACUUUUUGCUUCCAGCAAGGCAAGACUGCGAAUCCACCACAUGGCUCGCCAUGGAUAGCGAGCUGGAUUGGGAGCUGCAGAAGUGACAACAGCCGCAACAAUGAGCGCAUUAUUCAUGUUGGAGCAGUCGAGAAUUGUACCCUCCUCUGCAAACGCUCCAGUUCCUCUUCAACUGAAACGAAUAAGCGGGGCGGCCUCAAGAAGGCAUUUCUCGUGGCUAAAAAGCCGGCUGCAGCAAGCAGCAGUACUGCCCUCAGGUCGCAACAGACUGAGGCACGCAGCAACAACCCAGCCCCACAUUUGCUAGAAGGCCGCGUCUACGUUCUCCAGCUGGUUCUACCGCGUACUACCGCUGCUGUUAGGGCAUCUGCAGCAACGUACUGUACACGAUGCAGAGGCCAAACGCAGCGAUGCUGCUGCAGUGACGAAAGUCUGGCUUGGGAAUUCAAAUGUACAUACACCAUCAAGAUAAGCGACCUGGAACUCGUUGUGUUGCCUCUUCGUGGGGCCCUUUGGGGUAUUGAGAGGAACAACACUGGGUCCCUCCAGGGCUGUAGCCUUGCGUUCCCGUUGCGUCUACGGUCAAAAGCUGCUUUUGCGUUGGUGUGUGCGUACUCCUGUUGUGAGGAAGCAAAAGCUUGGCUGCAACAGCUGGAGCAGCACCGGUUUCCAACAAAGGAGGAUCCGGUGGCUACUCUUCAGAGGGCCCAAAACACGGCAGAAGAUGCAAUGUCUGCAGGUACCGCAUUCCUGUUAACAAUCUGUUUAUUCGUCGACACUACAGCGGAAGUCGCCUUAGCGCGUAUCUGUCCUGCAGCUGCAGCUGCAGCAGCAGAGGCUGCAGCGGUUGAAGUAGUUGACAAGGCAGCAGCAGAAGCUGAUGAGAACGAGAUGAGUACAAGGUUGCCAGUAGAGAUAGACGAAAGUUCCUCUUCAGAUGAACCCUGCAACGGAAUUCUCGUGAGCAGCGACGACGAUGUUACAACUUAA